AUGAACUUUGCUAUCGCUCACUCUUACAAGACCAACUGGCAGGAGAGCUGGCCUCACGCCUCUGGCGCCACCCCCUCCUGGUCCACAUGGCUCAUCAGCACGCUUGGCAUGUAUCCACUUCCUCCAUCCGCCAAAGCCGAAGCAUCGCUGAGCGACUCAGAUGCGAUCGUUCAGACCUCGCAACCCUCAAAGAUGAGCGAAAAGCCGAUUCCACGUAUGCGAAGCCGGGACCUGGCAAGAUGGUUGAUCCCUCGAGCCUUUGCACCUGUUGCGCUCCACGCUCUCUUUGCAGCUUGGACUCAACAAGCCGGACACCCGCUUCUUGUCUUCGUUUUCUACAGUGCCGCAUUUAAGCUGAUAGCCAUCAACACAAUCCAGCUCUUCCGCGAGCUCGGCAAUCGCCACGGUUUCUUGGAUGGACAAAAGAAGCGCGAUGGCAUUCCAGACGACUCGGUGGGAAAGAUUGCAAUGUCGCUCAUCAACACGGCAGAGAUUCGUUCAGCUAUGGUCUGCAUGCUGGCAUGGGAUUCACGACAGAAACCGCGCGUGCACUGGAUGCUCCCCUUCCAGAUCGCUGCGUAUCCUCUCAUUCUCGACUUUUGGUUCUAUUGGUAUCAUCGGGCCAUGCACGAGAUAGGGUUCCUUUGGCGUUUUCAUCGCACUCAUCACUUGACUCGACAUCCGAACGCCAUGCUAAGUCUGUUUGCAGACGCCGAGCAAGAACUAUUCGACAUUGCCCUCAUACCUAUGCUAACCUACUACACCAUGAGCUUCAUUCCACAUCUCUCUCUGAACUUCUACGACUGGUUCCUGUGCGGAAUCUUCGUCAUGGUCAUCGAAUUAGGUGGUCACUCUGGAGUUCGCAUCAUCGGCACUCCCCCAGCUGCAGCUUUCGGUCUACUUCCCUUCCUCGGCCUCGAGCUCGUCAUUGAGGAUCACGACUUGCACCAUCGACGAGGUUGGAAACGCUCGGGCAAUUAUGGCAAGCAGACACGCGUGUGGGACAAGCUGUUCGGUACCUGUCUUGACAGGGUAGAGUGCCCGGAGAACUCUCGCGAGAGUCACUCUCUCGUCAAAGUGCCCUGGUAA